AUGGCUGCUGAAGGUUUGUGCUCUCUAGGGAAAACUGUGUCUGGUAAAGGAAAAUUUGUGGCAUCUAAAACUGCCAAUGCUUCCCAUUCUGAGAAGCAUGAUGUUGCAAACGAUUGCUAUGAGGGUUUAGUUAAGGAAUUCAUUGUCAAAAUUCCUGAGGAUAUUGGUGAUAAGAAUAACAAGGAAUUUUGCAAAGUGUUUGUGAGAGGAAUUGAGAAUUUGAAAAUGACAACUCCAAGAAGAAACACUUUCUCACUUAAGUACAAGGAACCUAAGCUUGACAGUCUGAAAGGAUUGAUCUCUGAUUUGAUUCUCAAUAAGCGUGAUGACUUCAGAAAAGACUAUGGGAAAAUUUUGAGCCUUUUGACUAAGAAAGUUGACUAUGGGAUUAUCAGCUCUUUGACACAAUAUUAUGAUCCGCCUCUACGCUGUUUCACAUUCGCUGAUUUCCAACUAGCUCCUACUUUGGAAGAAGUUGAGAGAAUUGUGGGUCUAAAGUUGAAAGAUUUCAAUCCAUUUCCAAAGCUCGAAGAGGAAGUGGGCCCAAAGAAGAUAGCUUUAGCCCUAAGUAUCAAUGUCCCAAUUGUUCUAGCCAAUUGGGUCGAGAAAGGGGGUUUCAAAGGUUUUGCCACGAGGUUCUUGGAAGAAUUAGCUCUGAAGUUCAAGAAAGAAGGAAAUUGGAACGCAUUCUAUGCUGUGUUGGCUUUAUUGAUCCAUGGGAUUAUGCUCUUCCCAAAUGUUGAAAAGUUUGUGGAUCAUGUAGCGCUAGAAGUCUUUCUCUCUAGAAAUCCUGUACCAUUUCUCUUAGUUGACAUUUACCAUGCCCUUCACGCUCGACAUGAAAAGAGGGGUGAAACUUUGUUAUGCUGUGCUCCUUUGCUUUAUACUUGGUUCAUGCAACAUAUGCCUGAAAAAGGCCCUUUUGUGGCAAAGGAACUUAAAUCUCCUCAAAGACCAGCUUCUCUCACUGGAAGUUCUAUCAGAUGGUAUAUCCGAGAGUGGGAAACCCCAGACAUCAUUGUCAGUUGUGGGGAAUUUCCUAAUGUGCCAUUGUUAGGUACUAAGGGUUGCAUCAAUUAUAACCAUAUGUUAUCUCGAAUGCAACACGGCUACUCCAUGGAUGGUCCUCCUAAAGCAAAGGACUUACAACCAUUUGUGCUCUUUGACAUUCAAGCAAGUAAUCCUGAUGUAAGAGUGAUCCGAAAGGCCUGGUUGAAGAUUGUUAGGAAGGGUAAAGAGUUUGGAAAAAGGAACACUCUUGUCAAAGAACCUUACAUUAGACGGGUGAAAGAAAGAUUUGAAGAAUUCCAUUUGCCAUUUAUCUUUAAUGGUACAACUUUCCCUAAAAAUCCUGAGCCAAAACCUAUACUUCCCGAGGACAUGGAGAAACUCACUGCAAAGGUUGCAAAGGGUCAAAUUGUGAUUCAUGAAAAGCUAAAAGCUCUUUUUUGA